AUGUUGCCGCCAGAGUAUCCUGUCAUGUAUGGAGUACCCUCAGGGAUGCAUCCAGGGAUGACAGCUUCUUUGGAAAGUUUACAUCCUUUUUUCCCACAGGCAAGAAUGCCUGAGGCACCCUUGUCUGAGGACGACUUGGCAUUUUUUAUGCUGCUCGUGACGUACUCAGACGCCUUGGAUGCCCUGCCGCUUGAAACAACCCGGAGUUUCUCCGACUUACGAGAACUUGAUGCCGUUCUUGGAGCCCAUUUGGGAUCACUUACGCAACGACUGCAGCAUCUUGCGUCAGUGAUCGAAAACCCUGAUGUUCCCCCGAGUGAGCGUCUAAUGAUUUUAAAAGAAGUGGCAGAAGAAGCCCGAGCGUAUAAAAUGGGCGGCGAGGACAAGAUUCGCGUAGCUGUCAACAUGUCAGAUAUGCUUGCCUCUCACACAGAAUACAUUGACUCUCUUUUACGCUCUCUAACUUCACUUCCAACCCUAGGCCCUUAUGUUCAAGAAAGUCGUCCCCAAUACAAACAUUUGAGUGAUCUAAGCGCAUAUUCUGUCCAUGGGGACCCAUAUUCUAGUGGCUCAAACACUCUUAGUGCUAGCAUGGAAUUGAGUGCGGCAAACAUACACCGUCACUAUGCACCUUAUCAAGAAAUGUCGUCUAGCCGUGCUCGUGUUGAGCGUGAUCCACCAAAUGCCUCUCGUGUGAACAAAAAACGCAAAACAAUGCCCCCAUCAGUGGCUUCGAGAUCGGAACGUGGUGCUGCGCCAGGUUCCAAACGACAAUAUGAUGACAUGGAUCAUGGCGAAAGCAGUGAUGAUCAGGGCGAGGCAUACGAGACUAGCGCUGACAGACUCAUUCGUCCCCAUCAACGUGCCCGGACACGCGUGUCAGAUCACGAUGCACCAACUAAGCAACAGACGGCUACCUGGAGUGGUCGCCGUGCAGUGGAUGGCUCACUGUCCAAGGAUGGUGCAUCACAAGGUGAAGUGCAUCGUGGGUCGGGACGUACUCGACCUAGCAAGACUACUCAUGCCGGCUCAAGUGGUAACGAGCAAGAUGACCAAAGGUACUGCUUCUGUAAUAAUGUCAGCUAUGGCGACAUGAUUGGUUGUGACGACGAUGACUGCGAGCGCGAAUGGUUUCACCUUGGCUGCGUUGGUCUUUCAAAACCCCCACAAGGAACCUGGUAUUGUGACGCAUGCCUUGAACGACGCUCGCAACAAUCACGCGCCAAGACUAAGCGCAACUCAAGGCCAAGCCGUGGCGUGACGACCACCGCAGUAGUGCCAGACCAUCCCGCUUCGGCACGUCGCAUCACCAGCACAAGACGGUGA